UUAGUCUCUCUUGAGCAGUACGCCGCGGCGCAUGUGGGGCCGAAGCGAGCGCGCCGCACCAAAUCACGGUGCCGCAUAGUAUCGCGUAGACUUCUAUACCGAGCAGAGCGCACACCGCGCGCCACGUUCAAAACAGCGCCGCUCCCGCACGCGCGUUCCACCUGGUGCUAAUCUCGAAGUUAAUACGCACUGCGAUCUUUCUCGUACAAGACAUACGCGAGUGUGCGAGGAUCGGCCUGUAUACAAGUGCGAGUGUCAAUCAAGUGUGUGCGUGUAUAAGGAUUCCAGUCGUGUCUCACCGAUGCUGUUCCCCGAACUCUCGAAGCUGGCCAGCCCAGUAAGUUCGACUCGAAGGGAUAUCCACGAAUAACUGUCUCCGGAACGUAUAUAGUAGCAGUGCGUGUGCGGAAUCGAGCAGGAGCUUAUAAAUUUGUGCCAUCGUCGCGGAGAGUCGAGAGUUAUCAUAGGCGGAGAAAGUUUGGAUCGCGACAAGUUUGCCCGGCACACGCGGAGGCUUGCUACUACUGCUGCUGCAUUGACGUUUUGACGUAUCGCGCGCACAUCGUCAAAGUGUAUGCGCUCGGUAUUUAGGACACGCGGGAGAUGCCGAGGCUCCGAGCGAAGCAGCUUCAAAGACGCUGCCAGCAGCAGUGCGCCAGCUGGUCCCGGACUUGGCUAAACUAGUUCCUCGCGCGGCGCGAGGCGAGCGCUCGGAAUGCCAAGGAUAUGAUUACUCAGGUGAGUCUUCGAUCGAGCGACGAAUAGCUAUAUGAUAACAACGGGACGUGAGGCGCCCAUGACGAUCGGACGACGAGGGCUAACGAUUGGCAGGAUAAUUUUGAUUGUAGAUCAAUCGAAUUCUCGUUAGGGAUCGAGUUCUUGUGGGAUAUCGAAAAAAUCUGUAAUGCCAUAGAUUGAUUCGCCUAACUACUAUCCGCCUCUUGAAAUUGCCAAUACCUUCAUUCAUCGGAAAAGGUGUCAAGCUGAGUCUUCGGCUUCAACGUCAGCAUUAUGCGGUUUAUUCUGAUUCUUGCGACUCUUAUUCUAGAGGUUCAACUAUAUUUUACAGGGAGUCAUGCAAAGCAAAAUUCAAAUGGAAACAGCGUCGUGACGGUUGAUGAGAAAGGUUUCAGAGAGCAGGAUAUUCCAGGAAUGGUUAAAGAUGCCCAGGCGCAGAGAGGAGGCACUGCCACACUUCCUUGCAAAUUAAUUGAUAACGGCGCUGGCAUUGUUACGUGGGUACGACGUAAGGACAGACAAUUGUUAACGGUCGGACAAAAUACUCACUCAGUGGACAAGCGUUUCAUGGUCAAGCACGUGAACAACGAAUGGUCUCUUCUGAUUCAAAAAGUCACCUGCGAAGACGCGGGCCUCUACGAGUGCCAGGUGGCAUCGCACCCGGUCCAGCAGUACUUCGUGCGGCUGAGCGUGACCGAGGCCUACUCGGUGAUACCUGGAGCCCCGGAUCUUCACGUUAAGCAGGGAUCAAAUUUGCGCCUCGAGUGCCAGCUGAUGUCGGCUACGGAGGCGCCGCUCUACGUGUUCUGGUAUCGCAACGCACGCAUGAUUAAUUACGACUCCGAGCCUGGCGUCAGGGUCGAGCUGACCAAGGCCGGCUCGGUACUCGAGGUCGAGAAGACGCAGCUCAGUCACGGGGGCAAUUACACGUGCGCACCCAGCAAUGCCAAGGAGGCCUACGUCAUGGUGCACGUGCUCGAAGAGGAGGAGAAGCCCGCGGCGAUGCACGGGGGCGACCGACGGAACCUGAGUCCGGCAAUUUUGGCGAGCAACUUUCUCGUCUCUCUGCUGGCGGCCGUCAGCUGGAGGAUACCCAGCUUCACGAGCCUCUAUCCCACGUGAGCGGCUCGUCUGCGACCUUCGACUUGCGGCCCUCGACUUUUCGCCGCAGUUCUUCAUGCCAAGAUGGCUCCAGCCGUCGUCGGCGACAGCACCGCAGCAGCAGCAGCGCCAGCAGCUUAUGAGUAUUCUCCCGAAGCGAUAUAGGAUCUUUCCGAAGCCCGUAUUCGCUACUGCUGUGAUGAGAAAUAAAGCAUAAAAAAGUAAAAAAGAACACUGCGAGUGAAGGUUUGUCGUGGAGCUGCCGCAUAUAUUGGUUAUCUGUGUAUCUCGGUUUCACCUCGACGCCGCGUCCGCGCUUCAGUAGGCGCACACGUGCGGAGAAUUCAGGAAGUGAAAUUGUUCGCGGAACCGACGCGUGUACAUAUAUAUACGUCGACACGCGCGCGCGUUGUUUCUUCAUUUUCUCGCACUCUUGCGGGCUAUACCGAAAGCUCGAGGGUCGAAAUCACGAGUUUUCAGCAGAAUGAAUAUUCUAAAGGUACUAUCCUCGAAUGAAGUAUAAGGGUUAUACGGUUUUUUAUAUAUGUCCAUGCUUACUUUCUUCGGUCGUGUAUAGUCUGUUUUGUCGAUACUUUUUAUUUCCGAGUAAUGAACACAUUAGAGCGUUAGGGGCGAUAUGAUCAGAUUUCUCGGUUCAAGUUAAAAGUAUGUCGUUGUGUUGGUAUGUCUCGUGUAGAUUAAGAAGAUUAUGGUAUAGUCCUGGCAUUCGUUGCAUUCAAGCAAGUAUUCGAGGUAGAAAUGAUAUUUUCUAUAUAUUGUACAUAUGUUGAUAAUUUUAAUGAAUGUGACUGUGAAUACGUAAUUUUUUUAAUGGACGUCAAGACAUAUAUAUAUAUACAUACAUAUAUCUUAACUGUCAAAUCUAUCGAUAUGUAUUAACUCCAUGACUAUUGAAAAUGCUUUGAUUGUAAUCUUGUACCGACUAAACGUUUUGUUUGACGAGGAUAGCGUAUCGAACACUCGAGAGGACGUUUUUCAUUCGUCAUCGAUUUAUUCCAUUUCUGUUCUUUUAUUGAUCAUUCAAUCACAAUUCACACUUAUUUGACAGUUUCGCGAUUGGCAAAUAUGCAUCUGUUCUCUCGACUGAUUAUACUGAAUUCACAAUAUGUCGCUUGUACAUUUAAAAUUCCGUGAUAAGCAUCAUAUAAUUAAUCACGUUAAUAAAUAUCUGAAGCAUACGCUAUAAAGGAAAAAGAAGAACACGAUCGUUUGCCAUCAUUAUUUGAACUACUCACAUCAUACGUCAUUAAAAAUUGAUUUGUGAAAUAUUGGAAAUUUGUAUUCACAUAUAUUUGUGAUUUCAAAUAAUUAUAUUUAUUAGCUCAUUUCUUUACAAGUGGUAUUAAAUUUCAUGACUGAUCGUUGAAAUUGAGAUUAAUCCGAAUAGGCAAUGUGUCGCAUUUUAACUACUUUUCAAAUCAGUGUGCGAGUUAAAUGAAAUAAAAUAUUCUUUAUCAUACAUCUAUAUACGAGAUUGAAACAGAUGAAUUUUUAAAAUAUUUAUGCAAGUGCCAAAUAUAAAUGUCUCGUAUCAUUUAAAGUUAAAUACGCAUAACAGACAAAAUUGAACGUCGAAAUGCAUCUGACAAGCUGUUACAACUGAAUUAAUGUUUUAAUCUUUAGUAUAUGGUAAGAAGCUAUAACACAGUUAUGAAACUUUUCAGUUUUAUUGACCGCGCAGAGUUAUGAAAUGUUCACUCCCUUUAAAUUUUAAAUUUGACUCGUCAGAAGAAAUUUUUUAAAAAUUCAUCUUGAAAAUGUUUCAGUAAAAUCUGAUGCUUGAAAAAUUGCAAGUUUCUCAUUCCACAAAUCGUACGUAAAAUUGAAAAUUAUAUAAACGAUAUUAUUUAUUCCAAUAAAAAUCCAUCAAAAGUAUAGAACGUAUGUACAGUAAUUUCUUUUUAUCGUGCAAUCAUCAGACUACUGGACUCGCCGCAUUUGCGAUCGGACGAAAAGGCUGAAAUAGAUGAGAGCAAGCAAAAAACUCAGCAGCUACAAGCGACCUAGCUCAAACUUGUGAAUACUAGCUACGUUAAAGCUCUUUUGAAAAACUCGAUUUUUUCUCGAUCAUGGUCAGUGACGCGACCGCGUGUGCGUCCAGUUUCAGCGUGAAACAAUUUUCUCUUUCUCUCUCCCAAUUAAAAGCAUAUAGUGGCGAUACUGGCUAAAUUUGAUCGCCAAAGUAAUUAGACGCGGUUGAGCCUGGUAUGCACCGUUGUCGCAAAGUGCUUUUUCAUAAAAUUUACCGCAACUCGUUUUUGAUAUGCGACGGGGUAUCGUGAUUGGGACGAUAGUUGCUUGGAGGUUAAGUUUUUCUUUGGAUCUAAAUUAUUUUGCGAUAUAAUUUGAGUAUUUUUAAUUAAUCAGAAGACAUAUGUCUGUUAAAGAUACUUUGGGAUAAAACUAAACGUAAACUCAAAUGCAUACUUAUGUUUGAUGUAAUUGAUGGCUGAUUUUAUCGAUUGCUUAUAUUGUAAUAAUUUGUUCAAGUGAGUACAGUAUAUCAACACACUGUAGGUUAAAAAACCUUCUUUACUCACUUAAUGAAUAUGAUUCAAAGAUAUCGAUAGAAUUCAUUCGUGAAUAUUAUUAGGAUAUAAAUUUAUCGGUGAGUAAUACAUUUUUCUUUAUAAAGUAAAGGAGAAGACAGAGAAAAUAUACAAAAGUGACAAUUAAUCGGUGUUUAAUUCACUUUAAGGUAUAUACCUCAAUUAAUGAUAACAUUAAUGAUAACAGAAAAUAAUAACGGCAAAGAGUGUAUUAUUGUUUCUGUGUAAAUAUGAAAGCUAAAUGAAUCGAUAAAGUAAGGGUAUAUAUGUGUUAUAAAUAAGCAUAUGGUCACAAGCACAGAGAGAAUUUGGUAUUACAUUACAUGGCAUCCUGCAUAAUGAGAAUAAUAUUUGAUAAUAUAAUUUUAUUUAUUACAAAAUAGUGUUUUACUAUUAAUGUAGAACUGAUAAAUCAACAGCUAUUUUAUUUUAAUGCCUUACUUUUAGUUUAGUUAAUACUUAAUAUCAUUUCAGUUAGAUUAUAAAAUAAUAUAAUACUGAUGAUUAUAAGCAUACUAAAGCAUCAAUAUCUUGUAUGCAUUUAUUAAAAGUUUUUAAUAUUAUAUUUUAAAUUGAAAGAUACAUCGUAAUGACUAUUCAAAUUUGUCUUACUAAAAUACUACUUUCUCUUUGCAAAUGUCAAACACAAAAUGUAUGCCACAUCGCUUAUUUAAUGCCGAGAAUGCACUAAAAAGAAAAGCCAAAAUUAUAUAAGGAAAAUCAUCUUUUAAAAAUAUCGACUUCAUUAAAAUGUACAAUAAACAAUUAUUUUAACGCCAUUGUAAUCAUCCUAAACUGUACAUUGUUUUUAUUAUCACGUGAUAUGAUGUAGGUACUAUUAAUGAUUCUAUUUCUAUGUAGCGUUUGUGAAAAAUUAACAAAAAAAUUAACAUUGUGAAAUACGAUGAAGAACGUGAAGUUUGAAGCUACAAAUAUACGUAUUUAAGUGAAUUCACCAUGCGUCGAAAGACUUCAUAAUUGAUUACAGGAAGUUAAGGAAAAAAUAUUCAAUAAAUGGUACUAACAUAAAAAAAUGUGAA